AUGGGCCCCUGUACCGCCUCCUCAUGCUGCUGCCAGGCCCGUAAUCUGUCAUGGGCCCCUGUACCGCCUCCUCAUGCUGCUGCCAGGCCCGUAAUCUGCCAUGGGCCCCCGUACCGACUCCUCAUGCUGCUUAGCCAGGCCCGUAAUCUGUCAUGGGCCCCUGUACCGCUCUCCUCAUGCUGCUGCCAGGUCCAGAGUGUGUCAUGGGUCCCUGUACGGCCUCCCAUUGCUGCUGCCAGGCCCGUAAUCUGCCAUGGGCCCCGUACCGACUCCUCAUGCUGCUGCCAGGCCCGUAAUCUGUCAUGGGCCCCUGUACCGCCUCCUCAUGCUGCUGCCAGGUCCAGAGUGUGUCAUGGGUCCUGUACGGCCUCCCAUUGCUGCUGUCUCCAUCGCCACACACUCUGCCAUGUGCCACUUUCAGGUCUCCUCACACUGCUGGUGGGUUCCAUU